GAAGGAAGGAAAGAGUCCAUCGCCAUCAGAAACUCCUUCAAUCCCCCCCCCCGGAUAACUAUGAGCCGAUGCAAACCCUUCGCUCUCUCAGUUUUGAAAGCUAGGCCACCAUUGGCUGUCAAUUCCUUUGUUCACCUUUCCGGGAUACCUCUCACACCUCUAUCAUUCCUUUACCCUUCGAGAUCCGCCGCGAGCUAUGAGAGACCAAACCUCGAGGAGGUGAAUAGAGAUCUACCCUUCACUGAUGAUCGCGAGCCGGGAGAUAAUGACCCAUGGGCAUUCUUGUUCCGGACUCCCACUCCGCCUCGACCUGGCUCCUCGCAUUACGCUGCUCCGCCCUAUUUCCGAGACCAACUGCAAAAAACAAGCAUGAUAACCGAGAGAGAAAGAGAGAUCUUCACUAAAAUUUUCGAAUCAAUUUUGUCGGAAAAGUCCUCCUUCGUACCACAGCUAAGGGGAUCCGGGCAUUCCCUUCCCAGUAACUCUCUUACCCAGCUUUUCGAGUCAGCCGUCGGACCACUCACGGAUGGUAACGAGAUCUCUUUUGGACCGAAGGAUACUGUCAAUCCGUCCUCUGCUACUGUUGGACUUGCGAAAGCGAGCAAUAAUGAAGAAUAUCCCCUCACCGUUCGCGCUGCAGCUGCCAGGGCGGUAGGGCUGAGGCUUGUCCCACGGACGCACCAAGAGAUCGAGGUGGAGCAACAGAGGAUUAAGUUGUUUGCCUUGAUGGUUAAGGACAUGCAGAGGUGCCAGACGGACAAGGAACUAUUAAGGUGGCUAGACGAUCGUGUUCUCAGCAUGGUCUCUGGUAAGGAUGCUGAGGGCGAACGAAGGGCCCUAUCUGCAACAUACGCGGACUUGUUGGUGGAGGGCAUGAUAACUUUCCGGCAAAACUUCAACGACCUCGCCGGCGCCAUGUCGAUUUUUGAGCGGGUAAAGAGGCUGGGAGCCGAGUCUUACGUUGUUGGGUGCUCAACUGGGGUUUACAAUGAGAUGCUCCAGUCAAAGUGGGAAGCGUAUAAGGACGUUUCCAAGAUUGUUGAAUUGGUGGACGAGAUGGAGGUCAAUGUUAUCGAGGGUAGCCAGAAGACGGCGACAAUACUGCAGUCGAUCGUCGACGAGGUUAGGAAGAUGAGGUCCGGCGAUAUGGGCCCGGGAGCGCAGUCUAUCAUAACGGAUGUUGAUAUGGCGUUGCUAGGUAGGCUGGAGGGAUACGCGGACAGGAUACGGGACAGAUCCUUCGAGCCUCCGGAGCGUGAUGUCUCCGUCCGGGAUGCUGUGGAAUACGUUCAUGGUUGAUUAUAGAUAUUGGGCUGGGUUUAUGCAUGUUUACACCUACUUUGUUUGAGCGCUUCAUUUGUAUAUAUUUGAGAGGUAUGUGAGAACCUCACUUUAGAACAGUUAUUGGGUUUUGAUGCACGAGCUUGGUACCAAAGGAAAUGUACCCCCCUCCCCCCCCCCCCCCAGGGUUUCCAUCCAAAAUUCCGGUAUUGAAUUAGUUGCUACAAAUAACCGCAGAAAAUCCCGUUCUCCCAACUCUGACAACACGAGGGGCAGCUUAGAGGUGCUCUAGCAUUAUGAAUAUUUCAAAUCUUUAUUGCGUACCCUAAAUAGUAAUACAGAGGAGUGACGCUAGCCCACUCUGUUGGCAUGCGAAAUCCUACACAAACUGGUGACCUUGGUGUGGAUUUCGUCCUUCUCCUCUAAA